CAAUCACCCCUGUAAAUGAUAGUUCGGUAGGACUAGCCAUUUCGCAAUGUUUGAUGAUAACAGGUUGGUUGCAAUUUGGAAUUCGACAACUGGGAGACGUAAUUCAACAACUGACAAGUGUAGAGAGAAUUCUUCAGUAUACCAAAUUAGAUACGGAAGGGCCAUUUGAAACACCGGGAGGUACUUCAUUACCAAAUUCUUGGCCAACUGACGGCAAAAUAAAAUUCAAUAACGUGUCACUGAAAUACGUUGAAAAUGAUCCACCAGUUUUAAAUGAUCUCAACUUUACAGUAGAAUCAGGAGAGAAGGUUGGUAUAGUUGGCCGAACUGGCGCAGGUAAAUCAUCUUUGAUUGUAGCCCUCUUUCGGUUAGCACCCACAGAGGGUUCAAUUUUUAUCGACGAGGUGGAUACAAAAAAAAUAGGUCUUUCAGAUUUGCGAAAAAAGAUUUCUAUCAUCCCACAAGAUCCAGUAUUAUUCUCGGCUCCUUUGAGGUACAACCUAGAUCCCUUCGAUGAAUUUGAAGAUACUGAACUCUGGAAAGUUUUGGAACAGGUGGAACUCAAAGACGUAGUUGAUUCUUUGGAUUUUAUGGUAACUGAAGGAGGUAAUAAUUUCAGUUUGGGGCAAAAACAACUCAUAUGCCUAGCGAGAGCCAUUCUGAGAAAUAACAAGAUUCUGGUAUUAGAUGAAGCAACUGCAAACGUCGAUCAAAG